AUGGGGUUCGCCGGAGUCGCGUUUCAGUCGCGCGCGGCGGCGCUGGCGGAGCUGCAGCACUGCCCGCAGUUCCACGACGCCAUUCUGACGCUCUCCGACGGCGCCAUGUUCUCCGCGCCCGCGUGCCUCCUCUACGCGCGCAGCAAGUGGUUCCGCCGCGCGUGGGAGGACGCGCCGGGCAGCGGCUUCGGGAAAUGCGUGGAGAUCGCGAUUCCGCCUGUGCCCGGCGGAACGGAUGCGUUCGAGAGCAUUCUACAGUACUGCUACGGGCUGCCUGUUAACGCGGAUGCUACUAACGCGUUGCAGCUUCUGUGCUGCGCAGCGUUCUUCGAGAUGUGUGAGGGGAGCGAGGAGGACUCGUUGCAGCGACAGGCGUGGAGGUACAUUAACGAGUAUGUUCUUAACGAGUGGGAGGACAGCCUGCGGCUGCUGGAGACAGUAGCGAGGGACGAGCUUGUAAUGAGGGAGGCUCUGAAACUGGACCUCCCGCUGCACGCGUCAGCAUGUGUGGCAGGCACUGAGCGCUCUUCCCACGCUCUGCAACCGCCCCCUGCUCGCUUUGAUCGCCUGUCUGCCACCCCAUCACCACGUGAUACCUACCAUCUGAGCGCCAUGCUGUCGGGUCCCUUCGACAGCCCCACGCGCACGGCAUCUCUCCACCACCUGCUGGCGCGCCUGGCCGCCCUGCCCACGCCCGUGCUGUCAUGCGUGCUGCAGGCGUGCCGGCAGGCCAGUGUGAGCUUCGUGCGCCUCGGCAACUACCUCGCCGCCCACUCCCACUCCUGCCUCUUCCAACACAUCCCCUCCCUCGCUGCCGCCACCGCCGCUGCUGCUGCUGCUGCUGCUGAUGGUGGUGAUGUUGCAGUGGAAAAAGAGGCACCAGGAGCAGCAGGGGCAGGAAGUGGGGCAGCGGCUUCGUCCGUUGGGCUUUCAAGCAGCGGUGGUGCAGAGAGGAGGGUGGCUGGCGGAGGGGGAGGAGGAUACAAGGUGGUGUGUGGGGAGGAGGCAGCGGAGGAGGCGGAGGAGAGGGAGGAGGUAGGGCGGGCGAUGCUGUUUGAGUAUGCGUGCAGUGAGGCGCUGGAGCACGCUGCAGCACUGCAGGAGCUGCACCACCGCCCGCCAGCAACAGCAGCCGCAGCGGGAGGAGGAGGCGUGGGCGGGGAAGGCGGGGCAUCAGCAGCAGCGGCAGCGCAGCAGCAGCAGCAGGCGUUGAGGCGGCAGCAGCAGGGGGGGCUGAGGUCGAGCACGCGCUACAUGCCGUCAGUGCAGUACCUGAUCGUGCUGCUCAAGCUCUGCGUAACCAUGCAGGAAGGUCACGCAGUGACGGAUGCACACGGGCAGGGGCAGGGCGGUCAAGUGGGCGGUGUUGGUAAGACGAGAAGCUCAGCCUCGUUACAAGGGGACUCGAUACAAGGAAAGGAAGGGCCAAGACAGCCGGUGAACAGCAGGGGGGUUCAAAGGGCAUCGUCGGUGCAGCGGGUUGGAGGCAUGGGCGUGAGGGGGGGUGCGGGCGCUGAGAGCACGGGGCUGCGGGAGACCAAGAGCGACAGCGACGUGGCCUCCAGUGAGCGGGCGAGUGCGGGCAGGAAGGGCGAGGGCAUGGGGGAGAGCGUGCGGGCGGGCGUGGGGCGGCGCAAGGAGCUGCUGUUCACACGGCUGGCUUGCCGGCUGACGGCCAUGCCCACGGCGCUGUCCCUGGCGGACCUCGUCUUCCUCGGCCCCGCCACCAGCCUGCUGCUCCUCCACUCCCUCCGCGAUGCCUCCCUCUCCCAUGCCAACCACCCCACCGUCCCACCCCUGCCCCCCCAUGCUGGAGGCGCCCUGCCCCCGCUGCCAUCGCAGCCACCACCAGCGCCCACCACCAAUGGCACUGGCACCAGCAUCACCAGCAGCAGCGGCGGCGGCAGCGGGCGGCGUGUGGCGGUGCGGGUGGUGGGGUCGGCAGCAGCAGCGCUGGGCGGCGAUCUGGUGUGCGACUACGUGCACUACCUGGCAGCGCGCAUGACGCACCAAUCACAGCACCACACGUGGCUGCCCUUCCUGCGCCUGUGCCCUGCGUGGCCCGGCCUGUCGAGCUUUCUGAUCGACCUGAUCGCGCUGCUGAACCUGCUCUUCCCCGACGCCCGCCACCUGCCCCCCGUGCCCGAGCUGUGGACCAUGGUGGACGUCAGUGCGCUGUCCGACGACAAGCUCGCCCUCGCCGGGAAGAUGUGCUGCGCGGAGGGGGGUCAGGGCGGAGAUGCGGGAGGGGAUGGGGGGGAGAGGGGCGGCGGGUGGGGAGGGGGGUGGGGUGGGAGAGGGAGGGAGCAGGGGAGGGGAUGGUGGAGCGAGGGGAGGGUGUUGGCGCAGCAGGUGGAGAGGGAGCAGCGGGCGAGGGGUGUGAGGGCGGAGGGGGAGUGGGGGAAGGAGGGGGAAAAGGGGGGGAGGGAGGGGGGGAUGCGGGGGGAGGUGGAGAGGGAGCGGCGGGGGCGGCAGGAGAGGGCGCUGCAGCAGGCGGCGCUGGAGGUGGAGAGUGUGCGCGCUGCCAGCACGCGCCUCGCCCUGGAGACCGCGCAGGUGAGCACUGGUGGUGGUGGCGUGGCAGCAGCAGCAGGAGGAGAGGCCACAGGUGACUCGCCCCUUCUCCCUGCACCUUCACGCACACCUGACUCCCUGCAUGUCUCAGCAUCACGUGCUCUCCCACCCUUUCCCUGGCACGUCUUUCUGCCACGGCAUGGUUGGGUUGGGUUGGGGCCCACGCGUCAUACGGCCCUUGCCCGCUCACAACCGUCGCACGCACCUGUGCACCUUCGCUCGCAUCCACCAGCAGCACGGCAGGGCGUGGCAUGGCGUGGGAGCCUCACCCCUGGGAGGUCGUCUCCUAGAGGCCGUGCCACUGGGAGUGGUCGCAGCAUCAUACCUCCUGAGUGCAGCCGUCCCUUCUCCCCCCCCACCCGCGCCGGCAUGGCGUCGGACCCAUGUCCAUGGGAGACGCUACAGCAGCGCGGGCUAGAUGCGGACAUGGUGGUGGACAUCGAUGGGGUCACGUGGCCGCUGCACCGCCACGUGCUGCUCCCGCACUGCCCGCUCCUCCACUCCCUCCUCCCCGCCGCCGCUGCUGCCGCCGCCACCGCCAGCGCACCUGAGGGCGACCACGGCUUCACACCGCUGGCGCUGGGCACGGGGCUGCCCAUCGUGGCGUUGCAGGGCUUCCCCGGGGGUCCGCGCGCCUUCUCCAUCAUCGCCCGCUGGUGCUACGGCUCGCGCCUCAAGCUCUCGCCCAGCCAGGCCGCUGCUGUGCUCUUUGCUGCGCGCUUCCUCGGCAUGGACGACCGCGGCAGCGAGGCGCUCAUCCCGGUGGCGGUGCGCGCGGUGAAGGGCGGGCUGGCGGAGGGGUGGCAGGCGUGCUUUGACAUCCUGGAGCGGUGCUACCACGACCGCGUGCUGGACGCGCUGGUGGUCGAGUUCAGCCUCAACCGCCACUUCGUUGACUCCGCCUGCAGUGAGUUCUGCCCUGCCCCGAGUUGUGGGGUCGAGGCAGCACUGGCCACUCUCACCUUGUCCAUCCCCGCCACCCACGUUCACCUUCUCUCACACCUCAUUCACGGGCUCCACUUUGAUUCUGCAGUCUCACUCUCCCCGGGUCUACUCCCUCUCACCGCUCAUUGCCCCAACCCCAUCCACCCCGCACCAUCGCUCACCACAGGCGCGAUAGUGAAGCUGGAGUCGAAGCUGGUGGGGGACGGGCGGUGGGGCAACGACGACUGGGCCACCGUGAACCGGCUGUUAGAGGGCAUGAGCAAGCUGCCGCCCGCCAUCAGCCGCCGCGUCGUGCAGCAGCUGUGGGACCUGCGCUGCUCCCUCUGGGCCUCCGUGUGCCCUGCACCCUGCUCUGACUGCAACCCCGGGGACAAGGACGAGCACCCGGGCAUCAGAGCCAUGGCCACGGUGGGGAGCUUCCUUCUCGGCAUCACUCUGCUGAGUAAGAUGGAGUGGCGGAAGCAGCAGGAGGAAGAGGAGGAGAACAAGGCGAAGAAAGGUGGGAAAGGAUUGGUUGGUAGCAGCAGCAGCAGCCCAGGCGGACCAGGGAAUUCCCCAUCGGCCCAGGCGCUCAGCAGCGGCAGCAGCAGGGUGCGGGGCCGCGCACAACCCCCAUACGACAACAUCCUGUGGAUGCUGCGCGUGCUCAAGCUCUUCAUCUCGCCGCCCUUCGACCGCCCCAUCCUGCUCGUGCUCAGCAGCAACAUGCCCCUCUUGGAGGUACAGCACCUGCAGUUCCUCGACCUCCCCUCCUGCGUCGCCCUCCUCACGCUCGUCUCCGCCGCCCCCCGCCAAGACUCCCACCUUGUCGCCGCCGCAGACCUCCUCGAUGCCUACCUCACAACAGCAGGCACCAAGCGCAACCCGCCGCUGAGCGCGGAGGAUUUCCGCGCGCUGGCCACGCGCCUGCCGCCGGAGGCGCGGCCGAGACACGACGGGCUAUUUGAGGCGGUCUGUGCGUUCGCAGAGGUAGACCCGCGGCCCGCCACGUGGAACCUGCUGGCACUCGUCGACUGCGGGCGCCUCUCCCCGCGCUGCCUGCGCGUCGCGGCGUCUGCGGCGGCGUCCAUGGAGUUUGGGCAAUCGGCUGUGGCGGGGUUCUGGCUGUUCCUUGUGUCGCUCUUGCGCGCGCUCAUGUAUGAAGGGUAA